UGUAUCAAUAAUUGUUGUUCAAAUUUUGUUUGGUAUCGGAAAAGGGUUUCUUAUCUCUCAACUCUCCACAACUUCCGAAAUUGCAAAUUAUAUUCGCAUUUCGCAGUGGUCAUAAUGGAAACGGUUAGUAACACCUCUGUGCCCGCUGAAUCAGUGAACUAUUAUAGAAACAUGUCAGAAAUUGAAAAAGGAAAAGAAAACGAAACUACCACUGAAUCAAUUUCGGAAACAACAAGUAAAGAAAUAGAUUCUGACCAAAUGAUUUUUGAAGACGAUUUCAAAAGGAUUAAUAAAGAUGGAAAGAACAAUAAAAAGAAGGAUAAAGAAGUUCCGGAUAUAACCGACAGGGUUGUUAUCGACGGCGGAACAGAUAAAAACCACGCCAUUGGUGCGGAUGGCAAAAUCGUUGAAAAGUGGUAAAAGAUAACUAGCGAUGCAUCAGGUAAGUGAUUUUAUAAUUUAAUAAAAAAUAAAACGUUUCAAAACUAUAAAAAUAAGUUAAAGUGA